AUGUCGCACCAAUCCAACUCAUCUUCCUCCAAGACCAUGUCUGAUUCCUCUAGCUCUGAAUCAUGCAACCCUAACAGGGAAGAUCCUGUUGUUGACUCUGCGAAUACCUCGCAUGCAAGAAGACCUAAAGAAACUGUCUCAGGCUUCUCCUCAGCAAUCGUGCUUGAUGAACAAACCAGAGAAGGUUCCAGGUAUGUUCACAAUGCCAUUGAAACUAUGGUGACUGGAAUACUGUCUGGUAAUCAUAAGGUUCUUGGGGUUUCCAUUCCCUUAAACACUAUUGUACCCGAUAAUGUUGCUUGUCAAGAAAAUACAGUCUCCUUAGGAAAGAAUGUCUCUGAUGAUGCUGAGCAAACUGAUGCUCAUAAGGGGUCAAAUAUUGACAAACCCCUAGAUAAUGUGGGUGGUGAGGAAGUCCGUGUCACUCAUGAUGUCAGUGACAACCCUAACUGUGAUGCUGAAACAGUAGACCUGGAGGAAUUUUCUGAUAAUGAGUUGUUGUCCUCAGUUGUCCCUAGCAUAGCCAAAAGGGUUAGGACUAGGAGAGAAAAGAAAACAGUGGCGCAAAGGUCCCCCAGAAAGAAGAUUGAUGUGCCAACCUCUCCCAAUCCAAAGGUGGCAGAGAGUUCCCUCAAGAGGAAAGGUCAUGGUCCAACAAAAUCUUGGAGCAAAGGGGUGCCCAAUAAAAAGAAGACCAAGUCUGUUGUUGUGGAGUCUGACUCAGAUGUUCCAUGUGAUGUCACUGCCACUCUGUCAAAGAAGAAGCCAACCACUAGCAAGCUUGCAGCUAGUGUCCCUGAGGUGCCAAUUGACAACAUAUCGUUCCAUUUUGCUUCUAGUGUAAAUAGGUGGAAAUAUGUUUAUCAGAAGAGGCUGGCUUUGGAAAGGGAAUUGGCUCAGAAUGUCCUGGAAUGUAAGGAGAUUAUGGACCUUAUUCAAGAGGCAGGUUUAAUGAAGACUAUGACUCAGUUCUCAAAGUGCUAUGAGAUGUUAGUAAAGGAAUUUAUUGUCAAUGUGUCUGAAGAAUGUGCUGAUGGGAAGUCUAAGGAAUUCAGAAAAGUAUAUGUGCGAGGUAAAGCUGCUGUCAUUGCAAUACUCAAAGAAACGUGCAAGGAGUUAGAGGCAAGGAAGCUCAAUUUGGAAAAUUUGAUUAUCAAGUUGGAGAUGACUGAAGGUGAUGUGCUUGGUGAAACUGCUGAUGUUGCAGAAGGAGCUGCAAGACAAGGUGUGAUAACAUGA